UUGGUAUUACAUUGGGAUUAACUCUAGAAAGUCUGUUCGAAGCUGGUUAACACUUGGCGUAAAGAUCUGUUUGGAUCCGACUCCAUCAAAGAGUCUACUCAUCACAGCUCUCGGUAUCAACAGACCAAAUAACGAAACGAAGUGGAAAUCUCGAGAAAACGUCGCAAGGAAAUGAGGCCAAACAUUGUCUCUGAGGCUUCGCUACAAACAAGGUUGGGCAGUUGGUGGGAAGGCAUUCCAUUCUUUACAUCUACUGUUAUUAUUGCUUGUGGGGUUGUUUACUUGGUUUGCCUUUUGGUCGGGUACGAUUCAUUUGCUGAAGUAUGCUUCUUGCCAUUAGAAGUAAUUUCGCAUUUUCAAGUCUACAGGAUUUUUACAUCUAUUAUUUUCCAUGGCUCUCUACUGCAUGUUCUGUUCAAUAUGUUAGCUUUUGUUCCAUUGGGAUCUGAGUUAGAGCGCAUUAUGGGAUCAAUCCGCCUUUUCUACAUAGUAGUUCUGUUAGCUACAAGCAAUGCUGUGAUCCAUCUACUUAUAGCACUGAUUGUUGCUUAUAAUCCGUUUCUCUCCUAUCCAGAACUAAUGCAUCAGUGUGCUAUAGGCUUCUCUGGGGUUCUGUUCUCAAUGAUUGUGAUAGAGACAAGUCUAAGUGGUAUUCAGAGUAGAAGUGUAUUUGGACUUUUUAAUGUGCCUGCUAAAUGGUAUGGAUUGAUCUUGCUAGUGGUUUUCCAGCUUCUUAUGCCAAACGUCUCAUUACUUGGACACUUAUCCGGUAUUUUGUCCGGAUUUCUAUAUACAUAUGGUUUCUUCAACAUUAUAAUACCAGACACAUCUCGCUUUUCAGCAAUUGAAUCUUCAUCAUGGCUUUCAACUUGUGUGCGGAGACCAAAAUUUAUGAUGUGCACUGGCAGUAAUGUUUCAGGUCACCUUCCAACAUAUUCAAGUCAAAAUACAACUUCAAGUGGAUUGCUUUCUGGAAAUAUGUGGAGGAACUUUUCUUCACUGUUGCCACAGAGAGAAAAUCCUCCUCAGUCCAUGGAAGGUGAUAGUAGAUUCCCUGGAGCGGGAAGGACCCUUGGUUCUAACCCAAAUCGAGGUUCUUCUAUUGGAAAUCCUGAUUCAAAUUUAAUGGCUAGGCUGCUGGAUGAUAACGACAGCCAGAGGCAUUUGUCGGGUCCAUCAGUAGGUGGACAACAGAAACCAACUGGAAGACCAGCAGCAGCAGAGAAUAUUGUAGCUGUUGCAGCAACUACAAGAGAAAAUCGUCACGAGGGCCACGUUCCAUUAGAUGAAAACAUUCAGAAACUUGUUGCAAUGGGUUUUGAGAAGACACAAGUUGAAGUUGCAGUGGCAGCUGCAGAUGGAGAUUUAAAUGUUGCGGUGGAAAUUCUUAUGACCCAAAAGGAAUAAUUUGGAGACAAUCAAAUCAGGUAGGUCAUCAAGUGAAAGCAAGGCUCUGACCCGCCCCCCCUGCCGUGGGUGUAUAUGUAUAUAUGCUUUUAUUAUAUCAAUCAAUGUUGUAAGUACUUAGUAAACCAACCAAACCAACCCAGGCUAGGCUAGGCUAGGCUGAGGCACAUUUUUAGGUUGGAAUGGAAUGUAUCACCAAAGCAAACCAAACACACUUUGUGAGCAGCUGAUUUCACUUCACAUCCCAAAUUUGAGUCAAUUUUCAUCAGCAAAAGCUGAACAAGUGGUUGAGUUGGCGGAUAGAUAGACUACAUAAAAAAGGAGGAUGAUAUCCUAUGUGCCACCUUUAUCUUCCUCUUUCA